AUGUGCUCAGCUGGGUCCAAUCGCAGCUGAUCACAUGUAAACAGGGAAAUGGGACAUGCACACUGAUCAUCAGGGCACUGAUGAUCAGUGCGCCCUGAUGAUUUGUGUAGCCCCAGCAGUGCCACCUGUCAGUGUCCAUCAGUGCCUUGUGUCAGUGCUCAUCCAUGCCACCUGCCAGUGCCCAUCAGUGCCACAUAUCAGUGCACAUCAAUGCCACAUAUCAGUGUCUAUCUAAGCUGCCUUUCAGUGUCACCCAUCAAUGCCAGUCAGUGCCGCCCGUCAGUGCCAGUCAGCCGCCAGUGCCAGUCAGUGCC